AUGGCACCUCUGUCUUCAGGGCUGAGCGUCACCGCCCCAAGGGGACCCCUGUCCCCCACCACCAAGAGCUCCUUCCCCUCCCUCAACUCCCUGGCCCCGGGGAUGUUUUCCCCCUCUCUGUCCAGGGGCACCCCCAGCUCAGGGAGGAGAGCUUCCAGCCCCUUCAGGAGCCCCAGCCCGUCCAUCAUGACCUCCCCCAAGCUGUGGCAGAAGACCUCCAUCUCCAGGCUGGCAGAGGAGUUCUUCUGGAUUGGGGGGAGUAUAGUGGCUCAGCCCAAAUGGAGACUGGGUCAGACCGUGGAGAGGUGUAUGUGUACCAUGCAAACAGGCACCCAGAUGACAAAGUUAAAAGGAAAGAAGAAGGGUCUGGUGCGCUACUUCUACCUGGACGAGCACAAGUCCUGCAUCCGCUGGAGGCCCUCCAGGAAGCAUGACAAAGCCAAAAUAACUAUCGACUCCAUCCAUGAGGUGUGCGAGGGGAAGAAGUCGGAGAUCUUCCAGCGUUAUGCAGACAGCCGCUUUGAUCCCAACUGCUGCCUCAGUAUUUACCAUGGCAGCCACGUGGAGUCCCUGGACCUGGUCACCACCAGUGGGGACGAGGCGCGUACCUGGAUCACCGGUCUUAAGUACCUAAUGGCGGGCAUCAGUGACGAGGACAGUCUGGCCAGGAGGCAGCGUGUCCGGGACCAAUGGCUCCAGCAGACAUUCUCAGAGGCUGACAAGAAUGGAGAUGGAACCCUGAGCAUUGGAGAGGUCCUGCACCUUCUCCACAAACUGAAUGUCAACCUGCCCAAGGAGAAGGUCAGGGAGAUGUUUACGGAGGCAGACACGGAUGACAACCAGGGUUCUUUAGCGUUUGAGGAGUUCUGCAACUUCUAUAAGAUGAUGUCCACUCGCAGAGACCUCCAUCUCAUCAUGAUCUCCUACAGCAACCAAAAAGAGUACAUGGACCUCAAUGACCUGGCACGCUUCCUGGAGAAUGAACAGAAGAUGGUCAACGUCACCCGGGAACACUGUCUGGAAAUAGUGGUCCAGUUUGAGCCCUGUCCUGAGCAUCUUCAACACAAGGUCCUGGGGAUUGAUGGGUUCACCAACUAUAUGCGGAGUCCAGCAGGAGAUAUCUUCAACCCAAACCACUACCAUGUGAACCAGGAUAUGACCCAGCCUCUGACCAACUAUUUCAUCUCCUCCUCACACAACACGUACCUGACAGGGGACCAGUUCCUGUCCCAGUCCAGGGUGGACAUGUAUGCCUACGUCCUCCAGGCUGGCUGCCGCUGUGUGGAGGUGGACUGCUGGGAUGGCCCUGAUGGGGAACCCAUAGUCUACCAUGGUUACACACUAACAUCUAAGAUCCUCUUCAGAGAUGUCAUCGAAACCAUCAACAAAUAUGCCUUUACAAAGAAUCAGUACCCAGUCAUCCUGUCUAUAGAGAACCACUGCACAGUGCCACAGCAGAAGAAGAUGGCCCAGUACCUGAAGGAGGUGCUGCAGGACAAGGUGGACCUGACUUCCGUCAACAUGAACGAGUUCAGAAAACUGCCCUCCCCCGAGACCCUGAAAGGAAAAGUCCUGGUGAAGGGAAAGAAGCUUCCAGCUAACCUAGAUGCUGAAGCAGAGGAAGGGGAUGUAUCGGAUGAAGACAGUGCAGAGGAGGAGGAUGAGGAGGAGGAGGAGGACAUACAGGCAAAUACAGUAAGACAUUUACCAGAGCUUGACAUGAAGAAGAAGAACUUCAGCAGGUCCUUAAUGGGCAGCUUCAGGCGUAAGAGGAAAAAGAAAUUGAAAGUAAAGAAGAGGCUGAUGCCUGACGGAGAUGUUGACCAAGAGUGCCACGGCAGGGAACGGACGCAGAUUGUCUACUACACCAAGAAGAGGAAGACCAUGAGGCUGUCCCGGGCCCUGUCUGACCUGGUCAAAUACACCAAGUCUGUCCGUGUCCACGACAUUGAGACACAAGCGUACAUGACCAGCUGGCAGGUGUCGUCCUUAAACGAGAGCAUCGUCAACCAGAUCAUGCAGCUGAAGCCCGCCCAGCUGGUCCGCUUCAACCAGCGGCAGCUCCUGAGAGUCUACCCCUCCAACUACCGCGUGGACUCCAGCAACUUCAACCCUCAGCCUUUCUGGAACUCAGGAUGCCAUAUGGUUGCGUUGAAUUACCAAACCGAAGGCCGCAUGCUUGAACUGAACAGAGCCAAGUUUGCCAACAAUGGUAACUGUGGAUACAAUCUCAAGCCCAAGUGCAUGUGUAAAGGUGCCUUUAACCCCAUGAUGGAGGACCCGCUUCAAGGCCAGAGGAAGACCCAGCUGGUGCUGAAGAUCAUCAGUGGGCAGCAGCUUCCUAAACCCCAAGACUCCAUGAUGGGGGACAGAGGGGAGAUCAUUGAUCCAUUUGUGGAGGUGGAGAUCAUUGGUCUGCCCAUCGACUGCUUUAAAGAACAGACCAGAGUUGUGGAUGAUAAUGGGUUCAACCCCAUGUGGGAGGAGACCCUGGUCUUCACGGUGCACAUGCCCCAGAUCGCCUUGGUCCGUUUUGAGGUGUGGGAUCACGACUCGAUAGGACGAGAUUUCAUUGGACAGCGGACCAUCGCUUUCAGCAGCAUGAUGCCAGGUUAUCGCCACAUUUAUCUGGAGGGAAUCAAGGAGGCAUCUAUCUUUGUCCACGUGGCUGUGAAUGACCUCACAGGAAAGGUCAAGUCAACUAAUGCUGUGAAAGGACUGAUCAAAAAGGCCACCAAACACACCAAGGGCCACAAGAAGCAGCAGGCGUCCCUGGACUUCUCCACACACUCCUCGGAAGAGGGGCGCGGGGUCCGCUUUCCCAAAGACCUGGACUCCUUCUCCCAGGACAGCAGGAACUGCAGCAUGUCCUCCAGGGCACUGCCGCCUGCGUUCAGGGCCUCCCUCCACCAGGGGGCGAUGAGUGAGCCAGUGAAGCGCUCUCACAGGGUUCAGAUUAAGGACUCUCUAGAGAAGAGGAGGGGCAUUCUCAGGAUAUCCACCUCCUCCAACCCUUGGGAGGCCACCGCCCACUGCAUUAAAGAGGGCAGCACAGAUCUGGAGAACUCGUCUCAGUCCUCCUCUCAGGUCGACAGUCCACGGAUUCAGGCGAGAUGCCCGGAGCCAGGGCUUCAGCCUCGGACUCCACCGUCGCAGCGGUCACACCAGGACAGCCCUGGGUCAGAUCAGGUGUUUGAGUGGCCCGAGCCAGCACAGACUGAGGAGUUCAAAGAUGGAGAACAGACAGAGCAGCCUUGGGACUCUACUGGGACAAUGUCUGUUUCAGCUGUGUUAGAGGUCCUGAGUAGGCCUGAACCUGAGCCACAGCCUCCUUCCCUGCCCCAGGUCCAGCCCCAAUCACAGCCCCAGGUCCAGCCACACCACCAGCCCCAAUCACAGCCCCAGGUCCAGCCACAACACCAGCCCCAGUCCUACCCUCCAUCACAGCCCGAGCCCCUAUCAGACCACAAGCUCCAACCAGAGUGCCAGGCCCAGCAACCCAAACCUAAAUCCAUCCCCCAGCCCCUGGUAGCACCGUCCUCUCCACUCCGGGUCCGACGGACUCUGCAGACGCCCCCCACCCAGCAGCCCCCCACCCCCAUACGGAGGACGGCCCGCUCGCGAAGCUGUCCCCGUAAACAGCCUGCCUCGCCCCUCACCCCCGCAGCCAAUCGCAGGUACGCCGGCCACUGGCAGGGCCCUCCCCCACAAACCCUCCCCCACGGUGGCCACGCCAAGCAGGUGAAGCCCCUACCCAACGGACUGGGUCUGUCUGACAGCGAGUCCAGCAGCGCGGGCAGCAUGGAGAGCCUGGAGCUCCUGCCCUCCCGUGUGCCGUUCGACGGGGCCAGGGGGGACGGCACCCUGCAGAGGCAGAUGAACGCCAUGUUCGACGAGAAGAUGAUGGAGAUCCGCAGCAAAUCGCCGCUCUUUUUCAAUGAUCGCUCCACCUUGUAAUGAGCAGGCAGUCCACAGAGCGCAGGGGCUGGGUGACGCCUCGUAGACCCAGCUAGGAUGGAGGAACCUCAGACGCACAGUACAGUACAUUA